UGUUGGAUGCCGGAUGAGAAUUGAUAUAAUUCAUAGAUUUGGAUCAGAGAUUAGAAUAAUCCAACCAUUAGCACUGACGAAGUUAUUCCAUUGGACCAACCGACUAAACAACCCUGUCAUGAUACACCUUGAUGUGCGCGACACUAGCUUUCCCACCUAGAAAAGCUGAAUAGUGAGUGGGCAAUUAUUUAUUAUUCUAGUUUCGCACCCGCCGUUCGGUGACUCCCCAAAUCACCAUGUUUUGGCGUCACCUUUAGCUUUAAGCGAACUGCCAAUGUCAUCCUUCCGCCCCAGGCAACGCCAACAUGCUAGACAGUAGUGUAGUGCAAUAAGUUAGUAGUGGGAAUGUGACUCUUUGUUUUUUGGGUUGUCUUGGCUCCCGCAGUCCUACUUUAGCCUGCUCUGUAGAACGAGUCGUUCGUUACUGAUCUCUUUUCGGACGCACUCGCUCUCUCUUUCAAGAUUUCUCCAUCUUCUUCUCGAGGUACGAGUUUAGGUUUUUCCCCCUUAAUAUUUUGCUUACCUUGACGGCGGCGCUGCGAGAAUUGAAGCGCACCGGUGAUAUUUUUUUCUUCUGUUCAUUCAUAUAUAUAUAUAGCCUUCUGCCACACCAUAGAUGGGCUCAGUACGCAAUUCAAUCUAACGAUUUGCUCGUGCGUUUCCAUUUCCAAGCUUCAGAAAUGUCGACGAUUUGGCGGAGAGGGAUACACUAUUUGGAGAGGCUGAAAGCCGCCAAUAUUCCCAACGAGUUGAUCGAGAAUGGCCAGAACCGAGUGAUAGACGCUUCCCUCACUCUAAUCCGCGAGAGAGCAAAGCUCAAGGCGGAGCUUCUGCGUGCUUUGGGAGGUGUCGUGGCAUCUGCUUCUCUGCUUGGAGUGCCACUGGGACAUAACUCUUCAUUCCUUCAGGGCCCAGCUUUUGCUCCUCCUCGAAUUAGGGAGGCCAUAUGGUGCGAUAGCACCAAUUCAACUACAGAAGAAGGGAAAGAAUUGCACGAUCCACGGGUUCUGACUGAUGUUGGUGAUGUCCCUGUGCAAGAGAUCAGAGAUUGUGGUGUGAAUGACGACAGGUUAAUGAGUGUCAUCAGCGACUCUGUCAAGCUUGUGAUGGAAGAGGCACCAUUACGGCCAUUGGUUUUGGGUGGCGAUCAUUCAAUAUCGUUUCCAGUAGUGAGAGCUGUUUCUGAGAAACUUGGAGGGCCAGUAGAUAUCCUUCAUCUUGAUGCUCACCCGGAUAUCUAUCAUUCAUUUGAAGGAAACAAAUACUCUCAUGCGUCUUCAUUUGCCCGGAUUAUGGAAGGGGGUUAUGCUCGCCGACUUCUCCAAGUGGGCAUAAGAUCAAUUACGAAGGAAGGUCGCGAACAAGGCAAAAGGUUCGGAGUAGAACAGUACGAAAUGCGAACUUUCUCUAGAGAUAGAGAGCUCCUCGAAAAUCUGAAACUGGGGGAAGGGGUGAAAGGCGUGUACAUCUCAAUAGACGUGGACUGUCUGGACCCUGCCUUUGCUCCUGGUGUUUCUCACAUAGAGCCAGGGGGUCUCACUUUCCGCGACGUUCUCAACAUCCUCCACAACCUUCAAGCCGAUGUCGUGGCUGCAGAUGUAGUGGAAUUCAAUCCACAGAGAGACACAGUUGAUGGAAUGACCGGCAUGGUUGCUGCUAAGCUGGUCAGAGAAUUGGCUGCAAAAAUUUCCAAGUGAUAGAAAACCUCUCGACCGGGCUGGCUACUAGGACAAGAUAUUCUGUGAUUUUUGGUGUCAGCCUUGCUGCUGAAGAAGCCCCGCAGUAAGACUGUAAGAGUUGUAACUUGUACGUGUUUCAUGACAUGACCCAUGCACAUUGUUGUUUGUCCCCUAAUGGCGUGGAAGAUCAACUUUGAGUAAACAUUCUGGUAUCUCAGAGUCUCAAGAAGCUGAAUAAAGUUUAAAAUAUCUA